AUGAGUAGUUCCAUAAAUGAGAAUACAGACGACAGGCUUAGCAUGUUGCCUGAAGAGGUUGUUGCACUGAUACUUUCUCUAAUGCCUACGAAAUUUGCUGUUCGAAGUAGCAUUUUAUCGAAAAGUUGGAGGCAUAGAUGGAUGUUGGUCACUAACCUUGACUUUGAUGAUAUUCACAAGGUCCAUGGUUUCGAUGUCUUGUCAAAAUUUGUUGACCGGGUACUAGAGUUUUGCCAAACACCCCAUGUUAAAUUAUUCCGAUUAAAGUUUUCUGAUAGAUAUUAUUGGUAUAGAAUGUCAAGUGUAUCAAGUUGGAUUGAUAAGGCAGUGCGGUUAAACGUACAAGAGCUUGACAUACAUGUUAUCCUGGCUCAGUUACCUGCAAGCCUUUUCACAUGCAAGACACUCACAAAAUUAAGCAUUGAUUGCGAAAUUCGUAAUGGGCGUGUUUGGAGAUGUCUGUGUUCGGUCAAUCUUCCUUGUCUGAAAACUCUUGACAUUGCUGUUUUUGACAAACCUCAUGAGAAUGCAUUUAAACUCAUCCGAGGCUGUCCGGUGCUUGAAAGUUUAUUUUUAACAGUAACAUGGCUAGCUGAUGAAGAAAAUUACAUAUUCAUCAUCCCUACUUUGAAACGAAUGAAACUAACAAUACUAUACUGUAAGUCACCUUUUACCAACAAAGUUGUGCUAAACGUCCCUAAUCUUGAGUACCUAUUUGUUGGCGGAGUUUUGUGCUCGUAUUUUUUAACGGAAGAUGUGUCUUCUCUGGUUGGGGCUUCUUUUUCAUUUACUCACGUAAGAUGCGAUUCUAUGUGGGUUGACAUUCUAAAGGGAACAAACGGAGUUAAAUCACUUUCAGCUCAAAUUGGUCCCAUUGUUUACUAUGAGAUCCCAAUAGAUUCAGCUCUUCCCAGCUUUCCAAAUAUGACGUACUUGGAGUUGAAGGGUUUUCGGGAUUGGAGACUAAUAAUCUCAGAAUUUCUUGAAAGUUCUCCAGAGUUGAAACAUCUGUGUAUUAACAAAGCAGACAUGUCUAAGACGGAUAUAGAAUCCCUUUGGGUUGAACCAAAGUUGGUUCCUGCUUGUUUGCUAACAAACCUUACAACAAUUAAGUUUUCAAAAUGUGAGGGGCGAAAGUGUGAUGUACAGUCUAUGAAAUACAUGUUGGGGAAUGCAGAGGUUUUGAAGACAGCAGUAGUGAAGGAACGCAAGAGCUGCUAG